CUGAGCCUGGAGGUAGUUAAAUACAGGAACGGGAGUGGUUCAACUUACUGAUGUGGAUAACAAACAUCCAUCAUAUUCAGUCCAAAAACAAGUUGGGAACUGAAGGAACUAAAACUAACUCACAGAGAGGAGAAAAUGUCUGCUGCAAGAGAGGAGCUACAGGAGGCUUUGUGCCGCUACGUCACAGAUACCAUCAUCUACAUCGACACAGUGAGAGGAUUCUGUGAGAAGAUGGACAAAUGGGCACUCAGGAGAGAGACAGAAUUAAACACAAUAAUGGACAUCAAAACCCGAGCUGACAAAGCUGACCUGAGCUUCAGCCAUGUUAAACAGUCAGAGAACAAAGGUAAGGCCUUUUUUGAAUAUAUGAAGAGCAAGAUGACCAAAACAAGUACAUGUGCAGAGCUGCAGAAGGAGCUGGAAGCUGUGUUGAAGGACACUCUGGGAGGCCUGGAGAAACUCGACUGCUUCCUGGAUGCAGUGGAGAAGCUGGCAGUCACCUCAGUUCAUGUGCUCAUGGAGAACCAGGUGUUACAUCUGCCUGAAGGGAUCAACCUCGAACAAGUUGAGGUUGUCAUCACUGCUGCACGACUUAUCUGCCCUCUCCUGCUCGAGUUUAAAAGAGAUGCUCAAGUCUUCUUCCUUCCCAAACUUCAGAAUGUGGAAGUGCUGUCGUAUCAGUUGGACAAAUACAUACAGAUCACCCAGACAAUCUGUGGGAAGUUAGAGAAAAGCUCCCUCAUUGACUUUUGCCUGAAGAUGACUAAGCAAACUCUGAUAGACCUCGAUGUGGAUUUGUCUGGAGAUGACAUACAGAAGAUGCUUUGUCACAUUAAUCAGCUUGAGGAGAUCAGGAUGAACCAGCACUUCAGGAUGGUGUUCAUCUUCCAGAACGUGCCAUGUUCUCACUUCAUCAGUGAGUUCAAUGAGCGACAGCCCAGGAUGCUGGAGUUUCUAAAAGACCUGGAGGAAAGUGCCGUUCAGCUUGACAGGAUGAGCAAAGGGGCAAAGAUCUCCAGUAUAGCAGGCAGUUCAGUGGGGGCUGUUGGAGGGGUGCUUUCCAUUGUUGGUUUGGCAUUAAUUCCUGUAACAGCUGGUGUGUCACUAGCUCUGACCAUGACAGGGGUAGGGCUUGGAGUCACCAGUGGAGUCAACAGCGCUGUCACCACAGCCACAGAGAUUGGGGUAAACUGUAAACAUCAAAAGAAAGCCAGUGAAGUCUUCCAGAGCUUCAUGGAAGAUGUGCAGAGUCUCCAGGAUUGUCUGAAGGAGGUGACCAGUCAACCAGUCACCAAAAUAAAAAUAAGCAAGAUAGAUGUGGUUGUGGGAGUAGGUAAGGUUCUUGGCAAAGCUGGUGCUAUUGGAAAAGGCAUUGAUUCAAUUGUUGAUGCUGCCUCUGCUGUUAAGUUGUUGCAGAGUGAAGAGGUGAUUGCAGGUGUUGGUAAGGUGGUGGCAGAGGAAGGUAAAGCAUUACGUAAUGUGCCCAGAGUGGCCUCAGACAUCCCAGAUAUUGGUCAGGCAGCAGUCAAAGGGCCUCUCGCUCUCUCCAAGUCAGCCAGGGCAGGUUUCAUCACACUCAAUGCUCUUUUCCUCGGCAUGGACAUCUUCUUCAUCUGUAAAGACAGCAUCAGUCUGGCCAAAGGCAGCGAGACUGAAGUCUCACAGUUCAUCAGAGCCAGAGCUGCACUUUGGAGCUCAGAGAUGGACUCAUGGAAGAAGAUCCGAGACUCCCUUUGUCAGAGUCUGCUGACAUCAGAGAAAAACAAAGCAAUCCUGGAGACGUCGUUUUAUCCACAGAGAGAGACCUAGAAACACUGAUCAUCUGAUCUAAGGCAAAGAACAAAAGAAAAUGGAGGUGUUUUCACACAAUGACAGUUAUUAAUGAAUUAAGCAUUUUCAACAGAUUGUCCAAAUUAAGUGACAGAAUAUAUUGUUUGUAGCUGCCCCUUAAAACGAUUCAUAGAAGAAUUUUCUGAUUGUUAUCUUGAAUGGGCAGCCUUGCAUUUGAGGCAACAUUCACAAUGUACCUUUUUCCUAACCUUUGAGUUUAGAACUAUUAUCCUUAAUCAUUCGAUUGUACCUUUUAGGAAUUCUUCCUUAGCUCUUACAAUGUAAAUCAUCCAGUUUUCUGAUGAUCAUACUGUAUAGCCAGAAUUUCUUUUGUUCCUUGUCUAAGUUUAUAUACUUUACCUUUUGCCAUUAUGAUGAUAUAUUUGACACUGUGGUACAGUUAAACUGAUAAUCAUAGCAAUCUAUGUGAAACUACAUUGGGGUGUCAGUAUCCGUUGGAAGUGUUUAUAGUUGUUGGGUGUUUGUAUCCACUUACUUUAGUUUGCUUAUCGUAAACCAACAUUUACUGUCAAAAGAUAUUCAUAGCGCAAGAUUUAGACUAUAUUACUAAGUGCCUUAUGCUUCAGUCAUUAUAAAUGGAAGUCAAAUGAUAUUAGAAUUUGGUUUGAAUGUUUGUUUUUGCUUUACACAAUCUAAUGAAAUGGAUCAUUAUAAAGUCAGAGUGUUUGCUUGGACACCUGUUUAGCUAAUCUUUGAAAUGUUGUAUCCUUGCAUUGCUUUAAUUUUAUAAUGUAAUCCUGUAGUCAUUAUCUUUAACAACCAUUGUAACAUGUAUGUACCUCUCUUCUGACUUGAAGAGUGAGCUGUAUUACAGUAAAUAAAUCCAAAUAAAUGUAAACAGUAUACAACAAUAAAAAGAGUUCUUUGAGUAACAUCUCACAUAUAAUGUGUUGUGGUCAUCAUUAUGUUUUAAAGCCGACAUGUUUGGAUUAAGAGGUUCAUAAAUUAGAAGUAAGAACAGGAUAACAGGGAGCUUUUUACAAAUUCAUUAGUAGCUGUUUCUGGCCUGUUUCCACUUGAAUUUGCAUACCUCUAUAACACUCAAUGAAUUCUCAUGUCAGCAUUGCAUAACAUUUAUACUUGUACCAUUACAUGUAUGAGCAUAAACUUCUUAAUUCACUUAUUUUCAUGAAAAUAAAUGACAAAAACAAUGAUGUGAAAUGAUUUGGAAUGGGCAGGGAAUCAUUGGCAGUUUUGAUAUCAAUGAUUGUUUUACAAAACAAACAAACAAACAAACAUUUAAAGAUGCUACAAAAUAGAAUAAAAUAAAAAACUGUAAAAGAUAUCCCAAGCUAAGUAACUUUGUUAGGUUGGGGCUCACAGUAGAAAACCAUCAAAAACUACCUGCUGCUGCUACAAGUGUAUUCAGAUUGCCAUUAACUUCUUCAGCAACUCUUUCAUUCUGUUGAGCCAAAGAACACAGUUCAGCUGUCUUGACUCAACUUUAUUAAAAAGGUAAUUUCACCACAUACAGUUCAGUUGUGAGAAAAAAAGGAAAGGACAGGAAAGAAAAGUCAGCUUCCUGAUCAGGAAAAUCUGACAGACCGGACAAUGUAGUAGUUACUUAACGCCACAAGGUGGCAAGAGUGCAACAUUUUUAAGAUGGAAGCAGCCGUUAUAAACCAAAGAAGAAGAAGCUGAUUCUAAUUUGCUGCAACUGGUGACACCGAAGUUUAAAUGUGAGUGAACUCUCCUCGGAUAAAUGUUUCUGACUGACCUCCUCCGAAAACUUUCCUGGUUAACUACGACCCCCUCAGUUAUAAGUUGCAAAGUCUAAAACCUAAACAAAAAGCCUCAACGCUCGUUCAUCGAUGGACGGUGUCUCCAGUGUGAGUGAACAUGAAAAUGACAAACUUUCUGUCGAAAAAGAACUUUUUCCAAAGUUUUUGGAAAAUAAAACGCUAGAGGGCUUUUAAUCUGACACCAACACAGGAAGUGUUCUUGAUUUAAGGUGGAGACCCCUGGCCCUGAUGAGGAUCAGAGGGCUUUGUUGCAGACUAAGCAAACUCCCUGAUGGCAGGGGCCUCCCCCACCAGAACGAACCCACUACAGCUGGUACCUCAGCUGGCAGUCAGUAUCUCAG